CACUUAAAUCCAUGAUGUUCCUUUCAUUAAAAUAUCCACUUUUUCAUUUGUUUUCUUCUUUUUGUUCAUUAAACCCUACUCCUUAACCUCCUUCCCAUUUCUCUUUCACACUCUUUCCCUGCAAAGAAGAGAGAGAGAUCUCCAUUCUCUUAGCCACCUUAUCACUAAUAUUACUACUUCCAUCCCUUUCUUCUUUGGAUCUUUAAGAAAAUCUAACACUCUGAAACACACUUAAAACACUUGCACACCAAACACACCUCUCUCUCUCUCUCUCAAAUCUCUCCCAUCAAUAACAAGGAAAAGCAAAAGUAGACAAAAUCCCAUGGAUCUGUUGAAGCUCUUUCUUGCUCUUGCACUGCUUUCCAGAGGUACAUUUGGAGCCACAUUUACAUUUGUAAACAGAUGCGAGUACAAAGUCUGGCCCGGCAUUCUUGCAAAUGCAGGCACAGCCCCUCUCGAAAGCACCGGUUUUGAGCUAGCCCAGGACACUUCACGCUCUUUCCAAGCUCCAACCGGCUGGUCCGGCCGCUUCUGGGGUCGAACCGGCUGCAAAUUCGACGGAUCCGGUUCAGGCUCCUGCUCAACCGGAGAUUGUGGGUCAGGCCAAGUAGAAUGCAACGGCGCCGGAGCUUCACCGCCGGCCACCCUAGCUGAGUUCACACUUGGGACCGGCAGUCAAGACUUCUAUGACGUCAGCUUGGUGGACGGGUACAACGUGGCCAUGAUAAUCGAAGGGAGCGGCGGGUCGGGUAUGUGCGCUUCGACCGGGUGCGUCACGGAUCUGAACCGGCAAUGCCCGGCUGAGUUGAGAGUGAGUGAGGGCGACGCGUGUAAGAGUGCGUGUGAAGCGUUCGGGAGUCCAGAGUACUGUUGUAGCGGCGCGUAUAAUACACCGGCUACUUGUAAGCCGUCGGUUUAUGCGGAGAUGUUCAAGAUGGCUUGUCCGAGAUCUUACAGUUAUGCUUAUGAUGAUCCAACCAGCACGUUCACUUGCACUGGCGCUGAUUACACCGUCACGUUUUGCCCCAACAUGCCUAGUCAAAAAUCAUCAAGAGAAUCAGCACCAACAACCACCAUUCCAACACCAACAACAACAGUAGGUGACGCCACUCCUACAACAACAACAAAUGGUGAUGGGUCAUCAUCAGUCACGGGUGGUGAUGCAGGGUUACAGUCAGGCACAAUGGGUGGUUCGAGUACAUCAUCAGGGUCAGGAACUGAUGGUGCAGUGAUGGCUGAUGAUGGGUCAUGGCUAGCUGGUUUGGCCAUGGGUGACUCCACAAGGAGUAAUCAUUUGCAUUUCACUUUACAUUUUCUCUUUAUUGCAUUGUGUUGUUUCAGCUUUUUGUUGUAAUCUUUUUGCUUUUGUAUUAGGGUAAAUUAAUCUGCAGUAGAUUCAUCUAAACAUUGUAAACAAACAACUGAGAUGUCUCCUACAUUUUUCACUGUCAAAUAUGUACCAUAUCUAGAUUCUUCUCUUGCUA